CCGUAGUGAGCACAAAGUUCAAAAAGCUAACUCAACGCGCUUCACUUGACUUGACAUGACAUUUUCGAACAUCAAACAGCUGAUGAGAAGGUUGAUGUAGCACGUAGCAACUUUACUGAAGAUUAUUGAAGGCUCAGGGGCAAUAAAGAACCGUAGUCAAUGUCAAUAACUCCUGUUUUUCUGUGUUAAAGAUAAUUAGCUACCAAGAUUGAUAUAGACUAUCCUUUUACAACCAUUUAACUUUACGCGCAUGGGCUGAUAGCAAAUUCUUGUUGACAUUUCAAAAAUUAUAUAUUCAUCGAAUCCCUCUGGCAUGGUAGUCAGUGGUCGGAGUUCGUUGUUUUACCCGGUGGCAUGGUAGAUAGUGUUGUGAACUAAUAAGAACAUAAAAACUACUCUUAAAAGAAAAAUACAAAAUGAUUGAAGGUUAUGGACCAGUAAUGCAAGCCUUCUUGGGCACCCUCUUCACAUGGGCCAUGACAGCUGCUGGAGCCGCUGUUUGUAUCUUUGUACGAGGCUCACAGAGAAAGUUGUUAGACGCUAGUUUAGGCUUCGCAGCUGGUGUAAUGACAGCAGCUUCCUUUUGGUCGUUGCUGUCUCCAGCUAUAGAGCAAGCUAGCGAAUCUAAGUUGUACGGCCAAAAGGGAGAGUAUGCAUUUGUUCCAGUAGCAGCUGGUUUCCUGCUGGGAGCGCUUUUCGUUUUUGGUGCUGACAGACUGAUAACGGUCCUGGGACUGAGUUCGCCAAAUAUGAUGUUAGCACUGCAUGCCACCGGUAGUCGGCGAGAUAGUAGGAGAAGUAGCGCGCGUCGGGAGUCGCACUACUUACCGGAAACGACUGCCAUUGAGGGAUUCAUAGAAACAGGAGGUACGGCGGUGCAUCAGCGUAAAGGGGUAGGUAUAAUAUCCUUACAUAAACACAGAGAUAUUGAGGAAAAACUUCACACACAGAGUUUCGACGACGACGAGGACUGUAACAUCGAAGAAAUCCAAAAAGGACAAUGGAAGAGGAUCGUCCUGUUGGUGGUCGCCAUCACCGUGCACAACAUUCCCGAAGGACUAGCGGUUGGCGUCGGUUUCGCGGCCACCGGUACCGGCACUGCUUCUACGCUCGAAAAAGCUAGAAAUCUUGCUUUCGGUAUUGGCAUACAAAACUUUCCAGAAGGGCUUGCUGUAAGUUUACCUCUACAAGCUGCUGGAUUUUCAACGUGGAAAAGUCUAUGGUAUGGACAACUUAGCGGUAUGGUUGAACCUAUCUUUGGUGUCCUAGGAGCUUUUGCUGUUGGUUUAGCAGAACCUGCGCUACCAUAUGCGCUUGCUUUUGCAGCAGGUGCUAUGAUCUACGUUGUCGUAGACGACAUCAUUCCAGAGGCUAACACAGAAGGUAACGGCAAGCUGGCUACUUGGGGAGCCAUUAUUGGAUUUUUAGUUAUGAUGACUUUAGACGUAGGACUUGGAUAACACAUCGAGCACUGUCUAGAUAAAAUUCUUAGUUAGUCUAUAUUCAAUUGGUAUUUUAUUAAGUCGACAAUUUUAUGCAAAAACGUCAAGAUGAUUAACGAUUUUGGUAUCGAUCAAAAUAUUAAAGUACGCGUACUGCAAGGCAUGUCCAUAUAGUUCGUAGGUAUAUGAUAUCUAUGUAUAUCUAAAGAUGUUAUUUAAUACAGCUUUUCUUACAAAUAUUGGGAAAUAUUUCGAAAGUCAUUCCAAUUGAAAGCAUUUAUAUAUUGACUAAUAAUUUCCAAACUACUUUUUAUUAUCAGCAG